UUCACCAAGAUGGCAAACUCAAUCAAAUACGACGAACUGAAAGCUCUUAUAGAAAGCAACAAGGAACUGGUUCUGAUCGAUGUCCGCUCCGAUGGUGAGGUGGCUGGAGGAAUUAUCCCUGGUGCCAUUCACAUUCCCAUUCACACACUAGACACUGCUCUUAGCAUGAACCCAGAAGACUUUAAAGCCAAGUAUGGCAUAGUGAAGCCACCACUGAAUGUUCCUCAAAUGGUGUUUUACUGCCAGUCAGGCAGGAGAGGGGAGAUGGCAGCAGGAAAUGCACGGCAAAGAGGAUAUACUAAUACACGUAAUUAUGCUGGAGCCUACAGCGAAUGGUCAAGAAGACAAAGGAAGUGA